UGGAUUUUUCCCAACUCAACGAGUUCCAAUAGUUCUUUCCCUCCUUCUCUUAGUAUCGGAUCCUUCUCCCAAUCUCACUUCCCCUUUGCCUUUUUGGAUCAAUCGUCGAAAUCAACUUGAAUCUCCCCGUAAUUGCAUCACCAAUUUGUUGUAUUUCGAUCCACAACUUGAAAAAUUCACUUAAUUCUCCACUUUGCCCUAUAUUUGUUCUUCAAUGUUUGGAGGUUGAAGCUGCUGAUUCGUUGAUCAAUUUGAUAAUUUAUCAUCAUCAUCACGAUGAUUCCAUGGGGCGGAGUCACUUGUUGUUUGAGUGCCGCUGCUCUUUAUCUCCUCGGACGAAAUAGCGGAAAGGAUGCAGAGAUUCUCAAAUCGGUAACUCGAGUUAAUCAGCUGAAAGAUUUGGCACAAUUAUUAGAUGCUGCAAACAAAGUGUUGCCUUUCGUUGUGACAAUAUCUGGCAGAGUCAGUUCAGACACCCCAAUCAAUUGUGAAUAUAGUGGUUUGCGAGGAGUUAUAGUGGAGGAGACGGCAGAGCAACACUUUUUGAAACAUAACGAUGCUGGUUCAUGGAUUCAGGAUUCUGCAUUGAUGCUUUCCAUGUGUAAAGAGGUUCCAUGGUACUUGGACGAUGGAAGCGCUCGUGUAUAUGUUGUUGGAGCUCGUGGCGCUGCUGGUUUGGUGUUAACCGUUGGAAGUGAAGUGUUCGAGGAGUCUGGACGGUCACUUGUUCGUGGAACAUUAGACUACUUGCAAGGUCUCAAGAUGCUUGGAGUCAAGCGAAUUGAACGUGUUCUUCCAACGGGUACUCCGUUGACUGUUGUUGGUGAGGCUAUUAAAGAUGACGUUGGAACAGUUCGGAUUCAGCGACCCCUCAAAGGCCCGUUUUAUGUCUCUCAUAAAACCAUUGAUCAACUCAUUGCAAAUCUUGGGAAAUGGGCCAGAUGGUACAAGUAUGCGUCAUUGGGUUUCACAGCAUUUGGUAUUUAUCUGAUUGCUAAGCAUGCUUUUCGACAGAUAAUGGAAAGAAAACGUCAUUGGGAAUUGAAGAGAAGAGUUCUCGAUGCUGCAGCCAGAAGACCAACUCCAUAUAGCGAAGGUUCAAAUGGUGAAGCGGAAAACGGAGGCAAUAGCACCCGAAAAGAUGUGCAAAUGCCCGAUAUAUGUGUCAUAUGUCUUGAGCAGGAGUACAAUUCCGUUUUUGUUCCGUGUGGUCAUAUGUGCUGUUGUAUGACAUGCUCUUCAAAGUUGACAUAUUGUCCACUAUGUCGAACUCGAAUCGGGCAGGUGGUGAAGACCUUCCGUCAUUGAGCAAUUGGCUGCUUGUCGGCAUGAAUACUUAAGAUAUCGAAUUUGAACCGAUACCUUUGUUGGCCAUGAAUUCUUGGUCUUCCAAGUUUUUAGUGUUUGCUUCUCCUUGAACCCAAUUUUCAAUAACUAGAAUCUACAUUUAGCAUUA